GGAUGGAUUUUCGUAACCGUUCCGGUAUUUACUAAUCACUCAUCACUUCCGGGGAGUUCAACCAAGCACGCCCCAGUAAACAAACUCAAUGAAGAUUACCCGAGGCGAUUAAAUCGUAUACUGUACAGAUGGGACGUAAAUACUGUUGUGUACCAGGAUGUUCCAAUACAUCAGCUAAUGUAACUGAAGAGGGGAAAAAAGUAACCUUACAUAGGCUUCCAAUGGCAGAAAGUAGGAGUCACAUAAAACAACAAUGGAUACGGCGUCUGCGCAAUGUUCGAGCAAAUCUAAUUGUAAAUGACAACACCAGAGUUUGUUCGGAUCAUUUUGAAGGGGAAUUCAUAGAAACCUCCGUACCAUCUUUAUUUCCGUCAAAACCACCAAAAGAUGUCCUUAAGCAAAGAAGGCCCUUAGUACGCCAUCCAAUAGAAAAUGAAAAUAAUUUUGGAUUAGAGAUGCUUUAUGAAACUGUGCAAGUGUUUGAGGAGUCAUAUGCACAGCCAAAUUCUGUUGAAAAUGUAUGCGAGUCUGAAGAUAAAAUCAAGUCGAAAACAAGAGUUAAUGUUGAAACAAACACUUAUCCAGUAAUAAGUUGUGAUGCGGCAAGUCAAACUUUUGUAGUUCCACCAGGAACUACAAAAGAUGCAAGUACCCAAGCAAAUUUUCCACACAUGAUGCCGGAAGAUCUGAAAGGGGACGAUGACAAAACUAGAUUUUACACUGGCUUUGUAACUUUUUCAAUGUUUUGGCACUAUUUCUUAACCACGAUGAAACAUGGUGCAGAUAAACUACACUACUGGGAAGGGGAUAAAAGAUCAGGCGGUGCUGAGAAACUUUACCAUCAGUCUGACCAUAUGAAACCAGGUCGUAAACGAUCUUUGCGUCCCGAAGAUGAAUUUCUAUUAGUAUGUAUGAGAUUGCGUUUGGGUUUACUUCAAGAACAUCUUGGUGAUAUAUUUUGUGUUUCUAAAACAACUGUUUCUCGUAUUGUAAACACUUGGGUGAACUUCUUAUAUGCCCAUGCAAAACACUUGGUCCCUUGGCCAUCUAGAGAGCAGAUUUUGUGCAAUCUCCCAAAAAGUUUUCAGGAUUACAAAGACUGUAGAGUAGUGAUUGACUGUACAGAACUAUUUACAGAAAAACCUUCUUCUCUCACAGCGCAAUGGCUCACCUGGUCAGAAUACAAACAUUCUAAUACAUUUAAACUAUUGAUUGGUGUUGCGCCUAAUGGACUUGUAAAUUUUAUCUCUCGUCUUUGGUGUGGUAAUGCGUCUGACCGAUACAUUUUCGAAAAUGAUGACCUUCUUCCUAAGUUAAGUCCAGGUGACAUGGUAAUGGCAGAUAAAGGAUUUACAGUUGAAGAUUUACUUCCAGUAAAUAUAAAGCUUAAUAUGCCACCAAGGAUUCCAGGUUAUCGACAGAUGACCACAAAUGAGUUUUUUCAGACUCAAGGUAUUGCCUCUGCUCGUAUCGUAGUUGAAAUGAAAAUGGAACAGUUUAAAAACUAUCGGAUACUAAGUGGCUCCUUACCUCUAUCAGAGGCUCAUCUAAUUGAGCAGAUGGCAUUUUUAUGCAUUGCGUGGACAAAUCUUUUGCCCCCAUUAAUGAAAUAAA